GCUAAAUAGAGGGCGCAAUUGCCAGAACUGUUUUCUGUGAUACGGUAGUGAUUCACGCACUAUGCCAAUUCGCGUUAACAUGAAAACAUUUUUUUUGUUUCUUUUUCUUUAUGUUCUAAGUAUGGUUAGCGCUCUCGAGGAGCCGCGGCCAACUGAGGUGGACGAGUCCCUGCUUGGUAACGUUUCUGUUGAAGGUGAAGUGUGGGUGAGGAGUCCAGUGAAACCGUUGUUGCUCCGAAAAACCUCAUACCAGUUUUCGGCAAAUCGCUCUCGGCACGUACAAAGACUGCGUCUACAACCACAUUUCUUCCCCAAGGACAUAGCAUCUCCUAAGGCACCCCGCUUUCCCAUUCGACCAAAGGAUGGUAUGCAGAAUGUAGCGGUUACCCCGCUGGUUCGAUAUCGACUCCUCACCCCUGACUGGGCAAACAGACCCCGCGAGUCUCUGUCCGAAGUUGGCUUCGAAAAGUCGGGUCAGUCCGCGCGGGCAUUUACUAAGAAAGUAGAACGUCAACGAAGCCGGGUGCCAGAUGGCGUGCCAUCCUUGAAAUUUGACUCGGUCCGAGCUGAAGAGGCAUGGGAUCCCCACAUUAAUGUGCUUCGAAAAGGAAUCGUGAGCUACCCAAUUGUGCGCCAUAAGGGGUCCGCACUUCUACAACCCGUACGGAUUAAAUGUGGAGACCAGACAAUGCGGGUGGAGGUUGACCUGGCCUUUUUCGAAUCUGGGGACUCGGGGCAAAUGAGAGAUGUUUUACUGGGGCCUGACUGUUUGCCAAAUGGCAAAAGUGCCUCAUCCAGCCGGACUGUCAUUUUCAUCUAUAAGCAUCACGAAUGUGGCAGCAAGCGCACUGUGACAGAAACUGAACUGAUCUAUUCAAAUUUCAUUCAUUACAAAUCCCCAUUGAAUGCUGAUACUGGUGCCCCUUCGGUUAAGGUGGAGUGCCGCUAUAGCAGGUUGACAUCUGUGUCCACCCAAAAUGUAAAGCCAACUUGGAAGACUCUGACCUCGACACGGUCUUCAAAGACUGGAUUUGCUUUUUCAUUUAAAUUAAUGUCUUCUAAUUUUGUUUCCGAGUCUCUCUCCAAUGUUUACUACCUGGGAGAGUUCAUUUAUUUUCAAGUAUCUGUGGAUCUUGGGAAUCACCAGCACCUCAAACUCUACAUUGACAGCUGUGUGGCAACUACGACGAGACACAUAAACUCAAAACCUAUUUAUCACAUUAUUCAAGAUUAUGGAUGUCUUGUUGACAGCCGAACAGAAAAUUCAUUUUCCACCUUUGUCUCUCCCCGCACCAAUGAAGUUCUUAGAUUCCAGAUGAAAGCCUUUCAAUUUGAGGACCACCCUGCUGAUCAGAUUUUCAUCCAUUGUCAUGUAAAGUUGAGUGAGGACAGCAGUGAGCCCAAUGAAUAUUUGAAGAGCUGCACAUUUAACCCAGUCACAGAAAUGUGGGAAGAACUGGAAGGCUGGUCCCAGGCCUGUGACUGCUGUGAGAUGCGUUGUGGGAGGACCCCGCGAAAUAAACGGGUUGUCGGCUUUGCAAACUUUUCCCAACUGGACACAAACUUAAUAGUUGGACCGCUUCAAAUCACAAAGCCUAAUGGUAGCUCCAAUUUGAUAUUGAGCAGUGGAGGCAAUCAUGAGAACCACACACUUUGGAGUCAUAUCCGGGAGCAUCUAGAAGGUACCUUCAACAUGGGCAUUAUUCAGAUCUUUGCUAUUGCAGCAGCGAUGUUGAGUGCUCUUGGAUUCCUCAUUGGGGUUCUAUGUCUCUGCUCUUUAAAAUCAAAACCAUCCUCAAAGACGUGACAAUAAACUUUACAACACAUACUUUGUCUGAUUUCUGUUUAUUUUAAAGCAAAUUGUUGCUGAUAGUGUUAAUUCCAAUAGUUCUUAUGGGUCAUUGGAAUAUAUUUGUGGGGUGUCUGGAGUUGCUUGCUUUAAUAAAGAUUGUAUGUAAUGCGCUUACACUAAUGAAUCGAACCUUUUUAAAGGUGAGAUGGUGGCUUGAAUUGUAUAUAAAGGUUUUCUGAACUGUAA